AUGAGUAAUAUAGGUAAAUCGGAUGAAAAAUAUUUGAAACGAUGUUUUGAAGAGAUAAUUUCAAUUGUUCAUCAAACAAUUGAACAAUUGCAACCAAAACAAUCAAACAGUCAAUCGAAUAGCCUCCACACAAAUUCUGUAUUAAAUACUGGCAUCUAUUCAUUUACAUUAAAUAAAAAUGAAAAUGAUCAAAUGGAUAUUCUUCGAGAAAAAAUUGAAAAUAUUAUUAAUAAAUAUCAAUCUUUUAUGAAUAUAUUAUUUCAAAAAUAUUUAUUUGAUUUUUUAAAUCCAUAUCAUUUUAAUGAAGAUGAAAAAAAAUUUACAAAUUCAUUUAGUAUGGAUAGUCUUUAUCCAUUUGAAAGUUCUCUUCGAGGUGCAUUAGCAUCUCUUGAUGGAUUUCAAGCAGCAUGGGAUGGAAAUAUUCCAAAUGUCAAAGAUUUUAUUCAAAAUUAUCCAACAUUUAAAAAUAAACCAGGUCUUCAUGGAACAACUCUUUUAUAUUCAGCAGCACGAAAUAAUCAUACUUCACUUGUUGAAUAUCUUAUUGAAAAAGCUCGAUGUUCUAUUAAUGUACAAAAUCUUCAAGAACUUGACAAAGUUUUACAAGCAACAAAUGGAAGUUAUCGUCCAAAUCCAUCAGCUGCUUCAACACCAUUACAUGGCGCAUGUUUUCAUGGACAUUUAGAUCUUGUUAAAUAUUUAAUUGAACAUGGUGCUGAUUAUUUUAUUCGAAAUCAAGCAGGAGAAACACCAAUUGACAAUGGAAAACGUCGAGAAAAUAUCCGAAAUUUUUUUCUACAUUUUCUUCUACUUAAUUAUUCACAAAAAUCAACUUAUUUUCCAAAAGAACCUAUUAAAGAAAAAUUUUCAGCAGAUACAUAUGAUUGUCUUUGGGAAUAUAAACCAUUUAAUACUGAUAAAUGGUAUUUAUUUUCAUCGGAUGAAGCUUUACAAUUAAAUCAAUCACUUCUAGUAGAAAAUGAUGAAGAUAUGAAACAGGAAAUUUAUUUUCAUAUAAAUUCAAUAAUUUCAACUGUUUCAGUAAUAAAAUUUCUUCGAACGGAAGAAAGUCGUACACAUAAAAAUAAUUUAUCAUGGAUUCGUUGUCGUGGAUCAUCGCUUUGGAAUUUUGAUUGUUAUUCAUUUUGGCAAAUAAUGAUUAUUAAACAUCCAAAUAUUCAUACGAAUAGUUCAUCUUUAUUGAAAGUUUUCGAUAUACCAAAAACAUAUGAUAGUCGAUUUCGAUUACAACUUAAUUGUUGGUAUAAUUGUCCAAUAGCCGUUAAUUCAAAUAUUGAUUCCGCGAUGAAUUAUCGAAGAAAAAUCUUUCGUUUUAAUGUAGAUUUUCUUGAUAAUGAUAAAUUAACAUUUAAUCUUCAAUCAUUUACAUUUGAAAAUAAUGAUAAAACUAUAUUUGGUUACAUAAGAUGGUUACCGAAAUUAAUAUCAAGAAAUGCAAAAUCUAUGAAUAAAAUACAAUUUAUUGAUAAUUUUCAAAAUUUAGCUAAUCUUGAUCCGGUACCAUUUACAACAAAAAGAUUGAAACUAAAUGACAAGAAUUCAUCAGGUAAUGAGGAUACAUUGAAUCAAGAUGAUUUAACAUCAGCAACACACACAAAUAUCGAUGAUGAAGAUGAUGAUGACGAUGAUAAUUUUCAUUAUCAAGCACAGAGAAACAAAAGAUUGGAGAAUGACAGUUGGUCAGUAAAUGAUUUCAAAAAAGACGAUGAUGAUACACAAUCGAUAAAAAGCGAUGAUACAUCAAGUGAAAUAUUGGAUGAUUAUCUGGAUGAAGCAUCAAGUCCAGCACGUGCUGUAUCGACAUUUGAAGAAUCAACUUCAUCUGUUGAUCGUCAACAAUUAAUCGCUAUUAAAGCUGAAUUAGAGAAACAAAAUGAAACGAAUCAAAAUCUUGAAGAUCAAUUAAAAGCUGCCAAUGAUCAAAUGAAUAAAUAUUUACAAGAUUCAAAAGAGAAAACACAAAAACAAAGAGAAGAACAUGAAAAUUUAAAGAAAAAAAUACAAUUAUUAAAUGAUGAACAGAGAAGACUUCAAGAAGAAAAAAAUCAUUUACAAAAUAUCGAAAAAUCUAUUAAAUCAAUUGAUUAUAAAAAUAUUGAAACAAAAAUUGUACAAGAUUUUCUUACACCAAAAUAUUCUCUGAUAAUUGAUCAUUUAAAAAAAACCAAGAUUCAAUUUAAGAACUAUCCUUUGGAUAAAAUAAUCAGAAUGAGUUUUCAACAAACAAUAAAUACUUAUACAGUUACUAUUGUAGGAUUUGAAGAACAUCAUCAAAAAUUUAAAGAAAUUUUAACACGAUUACGUAAUCUUUUACGUUUAACACAAAGUGCAAAAGAUUUUUAUCAAUUAAAAUUAAAUAAAAUGACAAAUAAUAUCAAGCGUAUUCUUUCUAAAGUACAACCAAAAACACAACUUUGGAAAGAAUAUCUUCAUUUAUUCAUUGAAGUAUUAAAUGAUAAGACAGAUGAAUUUAAAAAUUUAUUUAAUGAUCAUAUUGAAGAAAAAACGAAGAAAUUAAUAGAUCAAUCAGUUUUAAAUGAUAUAAAUACAAUUCGAACUGAAAUACAUUCACAAACAAAUAAUUUUAUUCAAACAAAUUCUUUAUUUAAUCAUAUUGAGACGUUUAAACAGCAAGCACUUGAAAAAUUUAUUAAAGAAAAUAUAAUUUUACAAAGAAAUUAUCAAGAAAAAAAGCCAACAGCAAAAUCAAUAUCGACUUUACAAUAUUUUAUUGAGAAAAUUCGAAUGACAUUGAAAACAAAUGCCAAAUUUCAAGGUUAUCAAUUAGAAAAUUAUAAUCAAAUUCCUCAUCUCUUACAACGUUUAAUUAUCUAUUAUUGUUCUUUUAAAAUUCAACUGCCAUUAUUUGAAUCAGCACAAGAUCUUUUAAAUAAAAUUGAACAAAAUACAGUUACAACUAUUGCAACAUCCACUGGAUCAGGUAAAUCGACAUUAUUACCAGCAUUACUUGCUGCUGAAGGAUAUGAUAAAAUUCUUGUAACACAACCUCGACGUUUACCAUGUACAUUGAUAGCUGAACGUGUCAAUCAAACAAUGACAACAUUAAAAGAUUCAUUAUCAUUGAAACUUGCUGGUUGGGCUGUUAGUGGAGCAGAAUCUAAUCCAACUGGUCAAAUUCUUUAUUUAACUGAUGGAUUAUUAAAAGAACGUUUACUUUACGAUGAAAAUUUUAUUCGAAGAGAUACACAAUUAAAUAAAUCAAUUGUUUUUUUCAUUGAUGAAGUUCAUGAACGUUCUGUUAAUAUUGAUCAUUGCUUAGCAUUAUUAGCACGUAUAUUAACGAUUAAACCAGAAUUAAAAUCUCAAAUGAGAUUAAUUAUUUCAUCGGCAACAUUAGAUACAUCUGUACCAAAAUUAUAUCGUCAAAUUCCAAAUAUAAAAUUUUCUGAAUUCGAAAUGCCACAAAUGGGUACACUUUAUACUGUUACAAAAUGUUCUCGACCCAAUGAAAAUAUUCUAAAUCUUGUACAAGAAUUAUAUCAACAACGUCGACGAUACGAUCAAAUUCUUUGUUUUGUUAGUUCAGUUAAAGAAGUUAAUGAAUGUUGUACUUUAUUGAAAAAAAUAACUGCUGGAGCAAUUACUGCUUAUCCACUUAUUCAAUCACAACAAGCAUCUGUUCAACAAGAAUAUAUUGAUCAAGGAUGUGUCUUUUUUUCGACGACAGUGGCUGAAACUUCAUUAACAUUUCCUCAAUUGAAAUAUGUUAUUGAUACUGGUUUUAUUAAUAUUCCUGUUUAUGAUCCAGAAUCAAAACGAACUGUACUAAAAGCUGAUCGAGCAGCUGAAUCAACAAUUAAACAACGUCUUGGACGUUUAGGAAGGACACAAGAAGGAACAUAUUAUUCAUUAUAUGAUUUUAAAGUUGAAGAUAAACGUUUUCCAACACCACAAAUUUGUCAAUCAGAUUUAAUGAAUAUUGAAUUUUCAUUACGAAAAUCACCAUUAAAAAAAGGUUUCGAAUACAUGAAAGAUUUCUUUCCCGACAAACCACCACAACAUAUUCUUGAUCAUACCAUUAAAGAACUUAAAAAAUUAGGUAUUGUGAGUGAAGUUCCAGGUGAAACAUUAACAAAUCAUGGUUUAGCUCUUGCUAAACUACCUGAUUUUGGUUCAUUAGCCAUGUCAAAAUGUGUAUUAGCUGCAUUGAAAGAAUAUGAUUGUGGACGUGAUUUGAUAAUUCUUUCAUCAAUGUUAGGUGUAUUGAAUACGACUGCUGUCUUAAAACCUAUUCCACAAAAAUAUAAAAGUACUGAUGGAGAUUUUAUGACAUUAUUAAAUGUAUUAGAUGAUGUUCUAUUGGUUAAACAAUCUGUAGCUGCGAAAGAUUUUCGUUUAGAUCGUAUUUGUCAAGAUAAAGAUUUAAAAAGUAUUCAACAUAUUAUUCGACAAGCAUUGAGACGUUAUUCAACUUUAGAAAAAGCAUUUAAUUUAUCUGUUGAAUAUCGUAUACAAGCACAAAUUAAAUCAAAUAAUUGGGAAUUAAUUGCCAAAUCUUUAUUAACUGGUUAUUCGGAUAAUUUAUUCGUAUCAAUGAAAGAACUUCAAGAUCGAGCUCAUCUUUUUAUUCGUUAUAAUGGUUCAACAGAUAAUGAUAUUGCUGAAAUAGAUUCUCAAUCAGUUUUAUCUCGAACAACAAGUAAAAUUCCUCCAGCAUUAAUACUUGCACGAGAUAUUCGUUAUUCAACAUCAGUUCGUUCAAAAGCUAUACUUUCUUUUAUUGGUGAUAUUAAACCUCAAUGGGUUCAACAUACUAUAACACGACAAUUAACAUUAAAUGCUGAAGAAGAAACACGUCUCAAUACUAAUAAUAUAUUUACAAGUGCUAAAGCAAAAUUUUCUCAGUUAACGAAUUUAUCAUUAAAUAAUAAAACUAUUACUCUAUCAGGUCAUACAGGGACUAUAUUUAAUGCUGAAUUACAUGUUCGACAACAAAUGGUUGAAGACUUUCGUUUUCAAUUAGAAAAUAAAAAUCCAACUAAUACAAUACAAUAUAUAAAUUUAGCUCGAAAUUUAGAAAGUGUUAUGAAAAUGCCACAAAUAUUUCAUCCAAUGAUAUGGAGAUGGGAAAAUCAAAAACAAGUUAAAAUUAAAAUAAAUCCAAGUACAUCAACAAAUACAUGUGAAGUUAUUGUUACGGCAAGAAAUUCCGAUUAUAAAUGUGUUAGAAGAGAAUUCGAUUCGUUUUUAUCAUGGUUACAAAGUUGUGCAGUUAUUCGACAACCGAAUUCAGGUGUUUCUCCACGUGUUUUCCGUAAUCAAGUUCGAUCAAAAUAUGUUGAUAUCGAAGAAAGAAUAUCUCAUAUAACUGAUAGUAAACGAACACCUAUUGAUUUAUACAAUGGUGCUAAAGGUGCUCAAGCAACACGUGAAACACGAAUGGAAGUUGUUGCUUGGAUAGCUGUUUGUAGAUUUGGUUGUAGAUUAGAAGGUGGUUUUGUACGUGAUUGGGUUGUUGGAAAUUAUACAUCACGACCAGCUAGUCUCUUAGCAAAUCCAAGUGCAUGGAUAUCAUAUAGUAAUUCAAUUCCUUAUCUUACUAAAGAAGUUGUUCCAGCCGAUUUAGAUUGUCAUUUACCGACACAUCAAUAUUUUGAUAUUGAAAAAUUUCAUGAUGAACUUUAUAAAUAUGAUAUUAGUUGUAAAGUAUUUCGACAAGAUUGGCGAUAUGUUUUAUUAAUUGAUGAAAAUGCUAAAACAGGUCCAUUUACAAUGGAUUUAAUUGAACCACAUGUAGCAUUAACACAUGAUCGAAUUGAUUUUGAUGUUAAUAAUUUAUCAUUAGAAAAAGAUUAUACACAUGAAUUAGGUAUGCGUGUUGAUAUUCAACAAAGACCAUAUUCAAUUGAAAUUGAAACAAUUGUUGAUAAUAUUAAAAAUAAACGUUUUCAAAUUCUUCGUCCAAUUGAUCAUUUUCUUGUUGAACGUAUUGAUAAAAUGGUAAAUAUACGUCAAUGGACACAACUUGGAGAACCAUUUCUAGUUGUACCAAAUCCAAAUUCGAAAUAUCCAGCCGUUCUUGUUCCAUUACCAUCAUCAACAAAAUUAUAUCAAGAUUUAAAAACACAUAUGCAAAAAAUUUCAACAGCAAUUCAAAUUCUUUCUAUUGAACAAGUAAAAAAUCCAUUGUUAGAAGAAUCAUAUGAAUCAAUGAAAAGUAUUAUUGCUCGACAAUGUACAAGUGUAAAUCCUAAUGAACGUUAUCUAUUUCAUGGAACGAAAGGACCUGGUAUUGAUGGAAUUAGAGAUGAUGGUUUUGAUGAUCGAUAUUACAAUGCAAGUGGAAAUUGGGGUCAUGGUGCAUAUUUUGCUGAUGAUCCAAAAAAAUCUCAUGCAUAUACAAGUGAAGAUGCAACAGACAAAACACGUGUUAUGUAUUAUAAUAAAGUCUUAUUAGGUAUCGAAUCACAACAAACAGCUAUCAAUAAACAAUUAGUUUCAGCACCUAUUGGAUGUCAUUCAGUCGUUGGAACAUUGAACGGAUUCAAUGAAUAUAUUGUUUAUCGUUAUGGUCAAGCUUUACCUUACUUUAAAAUAAUAUAUAAAGCAUAA